AUGUCUUCUUCUUCCACUGGAAAUAAUGUGUUUGAGAUGGGAAAGUACAUAGGCUUGCUGGUCCGAGUGCAAGCACAGAGUACCUGUUCCUUAUCAUCAGCAUCAUCAUCAACAACUGCAGCAAAAUCUGUUCCUCCGCCGCCGAAACCCCUUUUGAUCGCCACGCCAUCAGUGAAAGGAGACUUCCCGUUACUGCUGUUUCUUCAUGGAUAUCUUCUCAACAAUUCUUUCUACUCUCAGCUUAUACUUCACAUAGCCUCUCAUGGCUUCAUCGUUAUUGCUCCUCAGUUAUACAAUGUGGCUGGACCAGACACAAAUGAGGAGAUCAAGGCUGCAGCUGCAACAACAGAUUGGUUAUCAGCUGGGCUGCAAAACGUUCUUCCAGCAGAUGUAAGACCGAGUCUAAGCAAGCUUGGACUCGCUGGCCACAGCCGUGGUGGCAAGGUUGCGUUCGCUCUUGCUCUUGGACACACCACCACUUCACUAAAAUUUUCAGCCUUAAUGGGUAUAGACCCAGUGGACGGCAUGGACAAAGGGAAACAAACUCCACCUCCGGUACUCACCUAUGUUCCUCGCUCUUUCGAUCUCGACAUGGCGGUGUUGGUUGUUGGUUCUGGUUUGGGAGAAGUAAAGAGGAAUCCUCUCUUCCCUCCCUGUGCUCCAAAGGGUGUCAACCAUGAGGAUUUCUUCAACGAAUGUCGUGCACCGGUGAGUUAUUUUGUGGUGAAAGACUAUGGUCAUGUUGAUAUGCUUGAUGAUGAUACUAAAGGAAUCAAGGGGAAAGCUACUUAUUGUCUUUGUAAAAAUGGUAAAGCAAGGGAACCCAUGAGGAAAUUCGUGGGAGGAGUGGUGGUUGCGUUUAUGAAAGCUUAUUUAGAAGGUGAUCACAGUGACUUCAUGGCUAUUAGGGGAGGCAAAGGCAAAGAAAUUGCAAUACCUGUGGAGCUUCAAACUGUCAAGUUCCUUGUAUGAGAAAUUAAAAACUUAAAAUUUUAG